GGAAAGUGAAACCGGGAGCCGCGCUUUCGCUUUCGCCGCCCCGACACGUUCCCUCGGGGCGGCGGGGCCGGGCCGGGCCGGGCCGGGCCGGGCGCGGGGCCGCGAUGGCGGAGCCGGGGGCGCCCAUGCGGCUGAAGGAGUGGCUGAUCGCGCAGAUCGACAGCGGCCGGUACCCGGGGCUGCGCUGGGAGAACCGGCACCGGACGCUCUUCCGCAUCCCCUGGAAGCACGCGGCCAAGCAGGACUACCGGCAGCAGCAGGACGCCGCGCUCUUCAAGGCUUGGGCCGUCUACAAGGGGAAGUACCAUGAGGGGACGGACAAGGCUGACCCCUCCACCUGGAAGACGCGGCUCCGCUGCGCCCUCAACAAGAGCACCGACUUCCAGGAGGUGCCUGAGCGGAGCCAGCUGGACAUCUCCGAGCCCUACAAGGUCUAUCAGAUUGUAUCCGAUGGCGCCCAGGAUGCUGAGAAGGAUGAUGGCACACAGUCCCCAGCCAGGGAGGAUCAGCAGGGCAGUGCCACAGGGAGUCCAGAGGAGGAAAGCCAGAAGGGCACAAUGGAGCCAUGCCACAUGUCUCCGCUGCCCCUGCUCUCUGCCCACCCGGCCGAGCGAGGGUACCAUGUGAGGGGAGUCUUCUAUGGCUGGAACCCAACCCACAGCCACCUCCUCCCCGGACCUCCAUCCUACCUCCCUGUGGAGGACGUCAACCACUCAGACUGCUGGCUCCACGUCCGCCUCUACUACUGUGACAUGCUGGUGAAGGAGGUCACUACCCGCACGGCCGAGGGCUGCCGCAUCACCUCCCGCGCUGUGCCAGCUGACAGUGAGCGCCUCUACGGCCCCUCCUGCAUGGAGCAGAUUGAGUUCCCACCACCACGGGCGCUCAGCGGCAGUGGCCGGGUGGCCAGCAUGACUGAUGUGCUGGAGCGGCUCCUGCCCCACCUGGAGCGUGGCGUGCUGCUGUGGGUAGCACCCGAGGGGGUCUUCAUGAAGCGCCAGUGCCAGGGCAGGGUAUACUGGAAUGGACCACUGGCCCCACACAGGGACUGGCCCAACAAGCUGGAGAGGGAGAAGACCUACAAGUUGCUGGAUACACAGCAGUUCCUGCAGCAGCUGCGGGGGUACCUGAGCCAUGGGCAGCCCAUGCCACAGUACCAGAUCCACCUGUGCUUCGGGGAGGAGUACCCCACCAGCGCCGGGCACCACUUCCAGAAGCUUAUCAUGGCCCAUGUGGAGCCGGUGUUUGCACGAGAGCUCUUCCAUCAUGCCCAGCGCAUGGGGCCGAUGCUGCUCCGCGACUCCCCCCAGCCCUGCUCCCCUGGUGCCUCCAGCCACAUUAUCCACGUCCUCAAACAGCUCUGCCAGCCCUGAGCCUGGGCAGGCAGGCAGAGAAGCCCAGUUGCGACAAAGCCUCAGAGCAGGAUGCUCUGCCACCCCACAGCCCCACUCCGACUGUGUUCCCUGAGUUGGCAUAGAUGGGGCACUCAGCGCUGCUAGGCCGGACACGGGUGGGUGCUGGCCAGGGUAGGCGAAUGGCUGCUCCCCCUGCGCAGAUUGCUGUAUUUAUUCCCUGGGACCCACUAGGAACCCAUCUGGGUGGGAUUUGCUCUGUGCUUUUAUGGUGAGCCGGGGCAGAGCCAGCUCUGUCCUUGCACCUUGCACUGCUGGGACUCGCCAUUCACAAACCUUAGCAAUAAAGGUUGUGUUUCGGUA